GUCGACUGUUAUGGUUACUUCACAUAGUACUUGUUCGUCAUCCGAGGAACAAGUUUGUAAUAGGCCUCUAAAAUUUAAAAAUGUUCAUAAAGCAAGCAAAUUAUAACUAGUUUUCAAGUUUGAAAAUUUAACAAAGUUUUAGACAUUGUCACAUUAUAGAGAACUUAUUUUUUUUUUACAUAUAACUCUGUAUAUUUAAAAACAAUAAAGUAAGGUACAAUAUUGCUUAAAACAAUAGCUACUCUAUGCUACAUUAUCUCUGACAAAAGUGGAAGUGGCUAUGAUACUUUAAAGAGGCUAAUUCGACUAAUUUUCGACGGUCGUUUGCCGUUGGUGGUGACGCGAAGUCCGUAAAUAGGAAACAGAUUUCAAGCGGAAAUAACACUUUCUGGGAGAUCAUUUCUGAGGAGCACGGCAUCGACCCCACUGGCGUGUACCGCGGCACCAGCGACCUGCAGCUCGAGCGGAUAUCCGUCUACUACAAUGAGGCCUCUGUUGCGACGGCGGAGAGCGGCGGAAAAUAUGUGCCAAGGGCCAUCCUCCUCGACCUCGAACCGGGCACUAUGGACGCCGUGCGUUCAGGUGCCUACGGCCAGCUCUUCCGCCCGGAUAACUUCGUGUUCGGUCAAUCCGGCGCCGGCAACAACUGGGCCAAGGGACACUACACGGAAGGCGCCGAGCUGGUAGACGCCGUCCUCGACGUCGUGCGCAAGGAGUGCGAGAACUGCGACUGUCUCCAGGGCUUCCAGCUCACGCACUCCCUCGGCGGCGGCACAGGUUCCGGAAUGGGCACACUCCUCAUCUCCAAGAUCAGAGAGGAAUACCCUGACAGAAUUAUGAACACGUACUCAGUUGUGCCCUCACCCAAGGUGUCCGACACCGUGGUCGAACCGUACAACGCGGUGCUAUCCAUCCAUCAGCUAGUCGAAAACACCGACGAGACCUACUGCAUAGACAACGAAGCUCUCUACGAUAUCUGCUACAGGACCCUCAAAGUGCCCAAUCCGACCUACGGCGACCUAAACCAUCUAGUUUCGCUCACAAUGUCUGGCGUUACCACCUGCCUGAGGUUCCCCGGUCAACUAAAUGCGGAUCUCCGCAAACUGGCCGUGAACAUGGUACCUUUCCCGCGUCUCCACUUCUUCAUGCCCGGAUUCGCGCCGUUGACGUCCCGCGGCAGCCAGCAGUACCGCGCCCUCACAGUCCCCGAGCUGACCCAACAGAUGUUCGACGCCAAGAACAUGAUGGCAGCGUGCGAUCCUCGCCACGGCCGCUACCUUACCGUCGCCGCCAUCUUCCGUGGCCGCAUGUCGAUGAAGGAAGUCGACGAACAAAUGCUCUCCAUUCAGAACAAGAACAGCAGCUUCUUCGUCGAAUGGAUCCCUAACAACGUGAAGACAGCCGUGUGCGAUAUUCCACCAAAGGGUCUGAAAAUGUCAUCUACCUUCAUCGGCAACACCACAGCCAUCCAAGAGCUGUUCAAAAGGAUAUCAGAACAGUUCUCGGCCAUGUUCAGGCGCAAGGCUUUCUUGCAUUGGUACACUGGCGAGGGUAUGGACGAGAUGGAGUUCAACGAAGCGGAGAGCAACGUUAACGAUCUCGUGUCCGAAUACCAGCAGUACCAGGAGGCCACGGCUGAGGACGACACGGAAUUCGACCAGGAGGACAUGGAAGAACUGGCGCAAGACGAGCACCACGACUGAACACUGAUAGCAUAAUGAAUUUCAGCUCAUUUACUUUUAUAUAUCUUCAACGAAAUUAGAGGCUAAGUUGUCCAAAUCUCAAAUAAAUUCUGGACCCUUGAGCCGGACACUGUGAUGCGUCAAUCGAUAUUUUGACGUGUCGUCAAAGUGCUAAAAAUGGAAAGUAAAAAAAAAUAUAUUUUCAAAUAUGAUAGUAUUAUUCGAGGUCUGUUCUUUUAUAAGAUAAAAAUCGCUAUGGAACGUACCAAUCGCUGCAUUUCCUAGUUUUAAGUUACUAUAACGUCUUGUAUUCUUUUAUAUAAUAAUUUAUAAUUAAAUGUUUUU